AUGAUCGGUCCUCACCACCCGUGUCAAUACGCAUCACAAGUCUCCUACCUUUUGGACCGAGUAUCUCACGAACUCCGACGCCAGAACGACACCCGCAGGCUCCAUGAGAUCCCGCUCAGCCAGUUCAGAGACUUAUAUCGGGAGGCCAUGGCCAGUUUCGCGAAUGAUGAGGAAGGCCCAAUAAUGUGCACACCCCGUGUUCAUUACACGCAGGUUUCAACCUGGAGAGCAUUAAACAACCAAACUAAUACACUCAAGCGGAGAGAUUCACUGAAAAUUGCUUCCUGGAACCUAUUCUUUACUUCUCGUGGGCCUGCGACUCGGGCCACGGCCGCUCUCGAUCACCUCAGGACACUGUUUGGGCAAGAGCCUCACAACCUCGUGGUGAUGUUCCAAGAAGUCUGCCAAGAAUCACUGCAUGCGAUACUUGAGGACCGAUGGACGCAAGAUAACUUCUCCGUCACUGCCGUCAAGCCACCGCCCUUCUAUUAUCGUGAGGAGUGGAACGACGUCCGGGACGAGAACGUCGGCAGUAUGCCCACCCGUCACUUUACGCUCAUGAUGAUCCCACGGGGCCUUAGGAUAUCAAAUUGCUUUCGUGUUCCUUUCGUUUCAGAAUCAGAGAGAGAUGUCCUCGUGGUUCACCUUCCUGUAUCAGAGAACGGUCCCCCUGAUGAAACGAAUGGAAUACUUCGGCUGUGCACAACACACCUUGAAUCUCUUGAUCUCGGAUACGGGUACCGUUUUCGCCAGCUCGCUGCACUAUCGGCGCUGUUGAAAAGCGAGUUGGUUCAAGGGCGGAAAGUCUACGGUGGCCUAGUUGGAGGCGACAUGAAUUCGACUCUUGCGCCUGAACACGACGACCAUCGAAACCCCGACAUCGACCUCAAGGACGUCUGGGAGGAUGAGUUGGCCCCGACACCACCGGCCCUUCGGCCUUUUUACAAAGAUUUCACGUAUGGCAAGGAUCUUGGAAAUACAUGGGGCUACCAGUCUAAGGGAAGACUGUAUCAAGACUACGGAAGUCGGCUGGACAAAUUUCUUUACACGGGCCCCAUUGAGACAUUUCCCGUUCGUGAAGCCCAGGACACAGCCGGAAGAUUGGGCCGCUUUGGACUAGGGCUCAAGACCAGGGUCGGGCUGAAUGAUGUAUGGGUUAGUGAUCACUUCGGCAUUACUGUCGGUAUUAAGAUUAUGUAA